CUUCAUUUAGAUACUUAUAUUUCUAACUUUUCUGUUUUUAAAAAUAAAGUCUAUUUCAUAUUUACUUUCAAUCGGAAUAUUUUUUUCUUAACUAUCCUGUCAAAAAACCAGAUUAUUCAGCUCAGAUGUUGCAGUUAGAUUCCAAAUCGAAGUACAAACCUGAAUUUAAUGACCAGUCACAGUCGUCCAUUCCAAAGCUCCCUGAGUUGAGUUUUCAAGAUGUUGAGAAAUAUUUUUCCGAUUUGUGGUUUGAACAAAUAUCUAUCAGUGAAGCGGUUAACAGAAGUGAUGUCACUUUUGGCUAUCAGUUAACGGUUUGUGAUACUAUAGAAAUGAAGGUUCAGGUGAUUUUUGUUUUAGCCUUAUCUCUUAAUAUGGUGGUGAAUAAAGUGAUUUUGGUUGGAGGCGACUGUAAACUCGACUGCUUAAAACGUUAUCUUAUGUGUGAUGAUCGGUGCAAAAGAAUGCCUUUCCGUGAGGAGACAUGCUACUUAGAAUGCAAGAACACACUAUCAGAAUGUCUGGAUAAACCAUGUGCGAAAUUUGCUGAGGACUAUUAUGAAAGAUACAGUUAAUUAACUGUCAUUAUUUCUACUAGAAAGAAUAUAUAUUCGUUCACUUUUGUAUAUUUACGCUAAUUCAGUGAUAAAAAGAUCCGCUUCACUAUAUACAGCUGAAUAUUUUACAUUAUUAAAUACAUGGUCGAAGAAUAGUUGAAAUA